GGCUGAACAUGUGUUGAUUGAUAGGAAUAGCUUGUGAUUUGAUGACAAAGGCUUGUGAUUUCUACAAGGAGGUUGGAAAGUCGUGACUUUAUUUAGUAUUCUUUGAGGAUGAGUUGGAUGGCAGGAAUAAGUACAUGUAGUUGCGCUCGUGUUAUUCAGUAUUUCGGUGAAUUCGGUCAUACAUUUAUGGAGUUCGUCACUAACAGCGGAGACUACUGCCAGGCACAACACGUGUAGACGCCUCAUUGGAGGUUGUGCAGAGAGUCAUCAAAGACAGACAAUUCAUCGCCACACUUCCAAUGUUUACAAAUAUUCACGCAUAAAUCUGGAUACUACCAAAACACUUCGAAUGGGGUAAAGCGUCUGCUUAAGGACACGUACGCUUUCGUACACUAGGUGCAUCCGUCAGACAAGGAUAUAAAAGAAGUCGUCUGGAUUAAUUUUUGGAUAUUUUCUGCGGGUUUUUGUCGAUGUCCACGAUGAAGACACGGAAACCGGAGCCAUCCGAGAUUGAGUACAAGAACAUGCGGUUCUUGAUCACCGAGCGACCGUCGGAUGGCAACAUGGAAAAGUUCAUUGAGGAACUUGACAAGCGCAAUGCCAAGGACUUGGUGCGAGUCUGUGAGCCGACGUACAGCACAGACAAGCUGGAGACGCAUGGCAUCCGAGUUUUGGACUGGGCCUUCGACGAUGGUACGUCCCCACCAACCAAGAUCGUCGACGACUGGUUCAAUCUACUGAAGGAUCGCUUUAAAGAAGAACCCGGGUGCUGUGUGGCUGUUCAUUGUGUAGCCGGUCUCGGACGCGCUCCAGUAUUGGUUGCCAUUGCCCUAAUCGAGAUGGGGAUGAAAUACGAGGAUGCUGUCGAUCUAAUCAGGCAAAAACGUCGAGGUGCAAUCAAUGCUAAACAACUUAGUUACUUAGAGAAAUACCGUCCGAAAUCUCGAUUGAAGAUUAAGGGCAACGGACAGAAACAAUGCGUGAUCCAGUGACUAACAGCCACGUUAAAGAAUAUCAAUCUCCCCACGCGACCCUUGACCUUGUACUCUCCUGCGAGCAAGACAUUUGAUUGGACGCUGCGUCGGAACGGCUGGAUGAAGUUAGCGAAUGAACGCCCGUCGCCGAGACUGCACAGGAGACGAAAUUAAACGUAUUAUUUCAUAAAAGAUUUCCGUGUCUCUCUUUCCAAGAUCACGCACAUGAAAACUUUUUAAAAAAAUCACAGAAUAUAUUUUGCAUGACUUUUCCUAGACUCCCUACGACUUCUUUCAGGAAUAUCGACUCUGUCAGCCGACAGGACGUCUUUCUGCAGCAGCAACACACUGGUUACCAUGGAAACUGACUGUUUACUGCCUUGACUUAGCAUCUUUUAUUCGGUUACCAAGGCAACUCUGUUUAUUCUUCGUUGUUUGUUAGCAGGAGCUAGCGUGAGGUCGUGCUAACCAUUCAAUCUUUCACUGGGCAACAAUAAACAUCUUUUCGAUCUGAUGGGGAUUUUUUCUUGAUACUUUGAUUUACGUGAGGCCAAACCAAUGAGAAUUUCUGUUUAAAAGGGCCUUACUCAGCUGGUGAUCGUCAGCGAAGUCUUGUUAGUUUUGACAUUAUGAGACGCUAUCACAGCGCAAAAGUCCUUCGUGAAAAGUCACCCUUACACCCCCUAUUUGCUGGAAUGGACUCACUAAUUUGAAGAGUCUAUGCUGGGAAGUGGGGGUGAUCCAGAUUUAGUGGAAAGAAACCGAACGAUAGCCUUUUCUAAUUUUUAACGUUACAUUUACUGAUUUGUUGUGUUUCUUGUUUGUUUUUUUCUGUUGCCAUGGUCACCAUUAGGCAAAGUAACUGGGGAGGUAAUAAAAUCCACCCGAAAAAAAACAUCAACAGAUUAUUUGGGACAAGUAUGUAAGUUUCAACGAACGUGUUGGCUAGCUUUGACGGCAAAAUAGAUGUAUUUUUGUUAUGAACUAUUUGUCAGCGUUUUGUAAAAGGAGUGGUGGCAUUUCAUUCCAGAUAGCAGAAUCCAUGCCAGAUUUUAUAAGUACCCCUCGGCGUGGCGGUCGACACUGCCCGACUCGAUAGCGACGGUGUUGACACAUUUUGUCGACGCGAGAUUGUCUUCUCCUGGUGUCUGUAUGCGUCGAUUCAAAAUUAUUCUUUCGGGAAGCUAACUAAUCGGUUGUUCUUGAUUAUUUUGGGGCUAAGCACCUCCCGGGCACUAUGAUAUUAUCCGAUGAAAUGAACUGUGUGAGACUUCUUCUGCUUAUGUAAUCGCAACCUAAAACUCCCUGGCAUCAUGCGGUGGAAAGCGGAGGUGCGACACUUUUGAGAAUGUGUUUUACCCCGUACCACAUUCAUACCUCAUCAAGUCCACAUCCAUUUUACCUCAAUAUAGUCAGUCAUGUGUAAUCUAUAAAGUGCUUUGUACAUUAUACAGCAUUCGGACUUAGUUAGGAUAAGCCAGUAGAUUUGUUUGGUCUAAGUUUGUACCUCUGUGAAAGUGACGAUUUGAAACGUUUCAUUUAGUAAAUUUAGCCUCAUUUGAUUUUAGGGAUUUUAGGUUGAAGAUGAAAAUGGCCAAAUCCUUCAGUUCCAAGGCUUGGUGGAUUUUCACCGUCCAUCAAAGACCUCACACCCCUAAAUUCUUUAGUGAGAUUAUCCAAUUCCACUUGUUGUUCCUUUGGUUUAGUUCAUAACAAAGGUUCCCAGGGGUGUUUAGCUCCCUGCUUGGUGUAAACAUAACUCUUGACACUGCCGUUUCUCAUUAGCAGGGAGUCUUAUCUUGGUGCUGAAGUUUAGUAACUUUUCGCUAGCACCGCUAAAGUUUAGAUAUAAAGUUUUAAUAUCACAAAAACAUCUGCAAUUUGGGAUAUAUAGAUAUCCGAGUGUAUUAGAACCAGUAUUUUCUGCUUUACUCCACCUGAAUUGACAUUAAAACGGUGUUCUAACAGGUAUUUUGUCAUAAGUUGAUGUGAAAGUGUUCUUUGAAAAAUUCCUUUGGUUUGGCCUGUUUUGAAACGGUUACAACUAAAACUGGCAGUUAGUUGAAGUUAUUUCAUGAAUUGCUGGCACUAUGACAGUGAGUAUGGUAUACCGUACGGAGACCAGACUGUGACAUCAUUAUGUGGGCAUUUUCGACGUCAAUCCAUGUCCUUGACCCUUCUGAUACCGCCGACAAAGUGUCACAGGUGGAUGACAUGUAGGUUGAUGUCACAACUCUUUACUUAUUGUGGCCAAGACAAAAUUUGCUACGUUUCAUGUCCAAAAUGGCAUCUUUUUCUGUUGUGAUGACAUGUGCAUGGCCUCUAAUGCCAAAUCUGAUGUUAUAUCGGUUCCGUUAUAUCAACGCCCUUCCUCUGCAUUGUGUGUAUGCUUUCGGCUUCAGUUUGAACCUAUUCCCAGACAUUUGGGUCCCUGGCUUGUUGCUUGUUUUUCAUCCGUAAGGGUGUAAGGUAUACAUUGAAAUAGACAUCUGGACCCAGUUGUUCAAAGCAAGUUUUUUCUCCAACUCUGUUGUGAUUUUAACUUGGGGUUAAGUCUAAUGAACUAAGACUAGUGAUCUUAAUGAAUGGAAUAAUGCCUCGUCAAGGUAACACAGGUCAGGCCGGGUGUGACACAACUUCUUUUGAACAACUGAGGCAAGGCCAGACUUCGUCUACCACUGAUAUAAUCAUUGUGUUCAGCAUUAUUUUGUUUUAAUUGUUUCGGCAGUGUUCCAGCGAAUUCUUAAGAGCAGGGUGUGUGUUAGCUUUUUUCUCACAUCUUCGAACAAUAGAAAAGUUUUGGGGGUUUCGGGAUGAAAUGAUUUGACCUACUUUUUGCAAAGAGCACUGAAUUGAUUUGCUACAAAGGGGAGUACACUACAUGGUUGGGUUAUAGACACAAAAUUGAGUUGUGGCCUUAAAGGAGUACGCCUUUUGUAAUUACUGGUGGUCGAGGAAAAUAGAAAUGCAGUUAUACACAAUGCCCUAGUGCAGUUAUUAUUCAUACGAAUUUGCUGAAUCUUGUUCUUUUUGGUAUCCUUACAGCUGUCUACAUAACGACUUUGCCAAAAGUUAUCUUCAGUACGUAUUUAUGCAAUUGGAAAUGUUCAAAUUCAAUUACAAAUUUCAAAUUUUUGAUGAGCAACGUAGGCCUUUGGGGUAAAUAUUCCUGGAGAUAACAAAUGUCUUGAGCACUUUUGACUCUGGGUCUGAGGCCAGACGAUUUGUAAUGAAUAUGUCCUCGGUCUUUAGGUCACCUUGCUUUCUACUACCCAGCCUCUCCCCGGGAAUGGCCAUUGUCUAUAUAGGUUAAGAAUUACUGUGGUAGGGCUUAUGAAUUUUUCACCUAGUUGCUUUUAUAGAUAGACGUAGGGGCAGUUGUCACGGUUAAAGCACUGUAGUUUAGUGUAACCACACAUAAACAAUUUAAUGACUCAAUUCACGAUGAUUGCUUUAAACAUGCUAGCACUAUUUUAGUAUCAAUAUAUAUAUAUGUCCAGUUGUAAAACUAAUGUUCUAUAUUUAAAUUUCAAUGUAUUUUGAUGGCAAUUGUUGUCUAGAUUGUGGACACUUGUUGUCUAGAUUAUGGACACUUGUUGUCUAGAUUUUUGGACACUUGUCUUGAUUUAUGGACACUUGGCUGGAUUUUUUGGACACUUGUUGUCUAGAUUUUGGACACUUGUUGUCUUGAUUUUAGACACUUGUUGUCUUGAUUUUGGACACUUGUUGUCCAGAAUUUGGACACAUGCACAUUUGUCUGUUAAUUUGUGUGCUGAAAAAAAAUCUCAUUUUCCUGAGCCUGGUCAGGAUGAAACUGAUUCAAUAUGUGAACAACCUUGACUUAAUGCCAUGAAUUGUCACGAAAAAAAUACUGCGUACGCAAACAGGUUAAUGAAAUGAAAAUUGCAGCAAAGGCCCGCUGUACUCAGCAAAAAUAAUGCUUCACGAAACAAAAACAGAUUGGUUGAGGAAUCUGUUGAUUUUCCAGAAGUUUCGCUCAAAUGUUUUUUUUCUGUUCGAUGGCAAACAAAAAAUGUUCUCUGCAAAAAGUUACUUUGAGAACUGGAACGCUGGAAUAUUUUAUCUGUGAACAUAUUAUCAUAAUGCAAUAUCUAUUUAAGAACAUUGCUCGACUGAAAUGAAUUUAUUUUGAAGUUAUUGUUUGAAAGUAAAGAAUUGUCCUUAUUUAUACUUAUAGGCAAUCAAAAUGUUGAGAAGUUUUCGGCAUGCUAAUUAUCAAAAGAAUGUGUUGAAACCUAAUCAUUAUUGAUAAUUAUUUUGUACAUGGGCUUUGGUGCAUGCAAAUUGUUUAUAGUUUUGUUCAUUUGGCAACAUGCACCAGACCCUGUCAUUUGGCUCCAAGCUGUGUGUAAAUUUUUAGCCACAAAAAUAUGAUUAAUAUCCUGGCACAUAUUUAUAGAUUCAAAUGUCUGUGGUUAAUGUGUGGCGCACAUGUAUGACUAAGUUUGUGCUUACAGGAAACUAAAUUUGUGCACACUGACAAUGAUAAAAUUUGUGCACACUGACAACUAUAAAAUUUGUGCAUACUGACAACUAUGAUAUUUGUGCAUACUGACAACUGGGAAAUUUGUGCACACUGACAACUAUAAAAUGUGUGCACACUGACAACUAUAAAAUGUGUGCACACUGACAACUAUAAAAUGUGUGCACACUGACAACUAUUAAAUUUGUGCACACUGACAACUAUAAAACUUGUGCACACAGACAACUAAAUUUGGGCACACAAACAACUUGAUUUGUUAACAGACAACUUAAUUUGUGUACACAUACAACUAAAUUGAGGAAAAAAUGGUCUCAAUCUGCCCUGUUGAUGAAUCCGCAUCACAAUUUUUCUGCCGUUUCAAGUCUAAUUUGUGGUUCAGUCGCAUGUGUGCGCCAUGCUCAGUGGUAUUCUUCCACCAAUUGUUUACACAACAAUAUCAAAGGCUUGGUACAGCGGGAUGGGGGGGGGGUUAACACCUUAUUAGAAGUAAAUAAAUAAUGGCAGUAGUCAUUGUCUGAUGAAAUUCUUCUGGUUAUUAUGCUCAUGUCGUUCACAAUUCGAUUGACUUAAAAUUGUACAGUUAUUUUUGUUAUGUAGUUAUUUUGUGUCAGUGGGAUGGAGCAUUUUACCAGAAUGCCUGGAGUCAAAUUCUUCACCCACUGAAAAUUAGCCACCUAGCGCAGGGCUUUCCGACUUCUCAACUGAGCUUGCUGGUAAAGGUGUCUGAUGUAGUCGAGAUAAUGUGGCUAACAGCAUUAGAAACUUUAAUUUACUUUUAAUUUUGUGAAUUUUUUUUUUGUUUUGGUGGCAUGGAGCUGCAUGGGUCAACAUCUUGAGACCCCCAGAGCAUCUUAUAUCUUGCCCACCUUGGCAUCCCCGGAGUAACUUUGUUUGGUUCAGCUUGGCGCCCCAACAAUCUGGUUAUAUUUGUUGAAAAGCCCUGCACCCCAACAAUCUGUGUAUAAAAGUUAGAAAGCCGUGCGCCCAAGCAAUCUGCUCCGAGUGGUUUGAAAGUCCUGCGAGUGUGUGAAGGUGAGGCCACUAUUUUGUGGUGAUGAGAAAAUAGUGGAUCGACAGGAGGUUAUCCAUAGGUCAGGGGACGCUACAUUGUCGGUUGAUAAGGCUGCCACAAGAUGAUGUAAAUUCCUUUGUUAUUAUCUACACCCGGGCGUUCCACAUUAGAAAAUUGCAGGGAGCUGUUUUUCACUGUCCUGAGUGACUUCGGAGAGCUUGAUAACCUCAUGAGUAAGGGUUGAAAUAAAGUUACAGACAGAAGGAUUUUGUAUCUGUCCCUAAUUUUCAUGGAAAACUGUACUCCUUUCCAAAGAUAACCACAGCAGGACAACUUGGUAACUUGGGAUGCCUGCUGAAUUCUCGGCAAGAUGGGAAACCCAAUUCUCCAGACACUUCCCUUGUUUAUGAUGACAUAUCAGUGGUAUCAGAUGAUUAAAAUGCUCAAACUGCACACUUUAGGGUUUAAAGGCUUUAUUUUGAGAAUCAUAUUAUUUCCAAUUUAAUUUCAAAAGUCAAGUACCCAGUACUUCAACUUGCCACUCCAGCAGUACAUGUGUUUCAAAUCUGUUGAUUUCAAACUGUCAGGGUCUCUGGUGAUAUAAUUGGGGGGAAAAAUAGAGCCCGUUCAAAAUUGCGAAAUGGUACACUCAAUUCUUGAUGGAAACUGCUCAGAACCAAACUGGAAUUGCAUGAUCAGAAACAGAGUGUGAUUUUAAGAUAUAUAUUGGUAUAUGCUUUUAUGUAUAUAUAAGAAGGCGGUAUUGUAUGCAUGUAUAUCAUAUUGUGCUAAUCGGAUAACUUAUAUGAACUAGGGAAAAUAUUUUGUCAGGUCGCUCCUAAUCGGCUUAUUAUCAACUUGAAGUAAUAUUUGGUCGAUGCUCGACUUGUCCAACACCAUCACCUAAGAUAUGGAGUCCUGGCCUCGCGUCUUCUUUAAAAUACAGGAAACAUACAAAAUAUUUUGGAUCAAAUUGAAGAAAUUCACGUCGCACAUUUCAGAAUUUUUUUUUAACACAUUAAUCAAACUUUGAAGAAACAUUGUUUGAACACUUACGAUCAUAUCUUCUUGAAUUUUUUUUCCAUCCACGCUUCUGUUUCCGAGAAAAUGCGAGAGCUGGAUGCCGUCUGCUUGAGUACGGGGUUGGGCAAGUUAAUUGUGAUUGACAGUUCGCUUCCUAGGCAAUUAGUGACAGUAAUCAUGCUCGGUUGCGGCCGCAAUGUAUUUGGAGUGUUUUGAUUGGCUAGCCUUUGACCUUGAGGGAUAGUAACCUUGACCUUUACAUGAUAGGCCCUUGACCUUGUAAAAUAUGCCAGGAUACUGGAAGAAACAAGAAAUUUUUGGCAAAUUUACAUGUCCAAUAAGUCGUCAAGAUAACCAUAGCUCAAAGUCUAAGGCGAAUUAUGCACUGUAUAUGAUUUGAUGUUCAAUGUAUUCUUUAUUAGGCCACACCAAUUUAUUAGUCGGGACAGCGGGGGGCUAGUCACUCUUUCCAUAGACAAAUGAAACUACAUCAAGAACAUCUUGGAGUGAAAGAAGGAAAUGACAGGGCUCAGUCCAAGGUUUUCCUUGCUUCCAUGAUGAGGUUUUUUGGCACCCCACAAACCAACUUUUAAACUUUGUGUGGCCUUGAUGUUUUCGUACUGUAUAUGUGUUGAUAGGCAUGCUGGCCACCACGCUUUGUCGUGUGGCUUUUUGGCGUAAAUAAAUGCUUUGUACAUGUAAAGGUAUAAUGGAAUAAUUGUCACAAAAAAUAAUCAAGAUGUGAUUUUCUUUAUUGUGUGUUGUUUGAUGGUUGAUAUGGUAAAUGUGGAAAAAAUAUAAAGAACCUAGCAAUAGCUCAUAGGUGGAUAUCUCCGUUUACAAAAUGACAUCAUUCUGAUGUCACGCAUAGCUAUUAACGCUCUUUUUAUGCGUGCAGAAAUGGCGCUUAACAGAGGAUGGUGCGACACGAGAGUAUUAACGUCACACAAUCUUUGUUACGUUCAUUUGGAUACAAGGAGUUUUUCCCGCCAACUGGUCACUUUUAGGGACUUUGAAAACUCCCCAUUUUACGAUUUGGAGGCUUCCCUAUGCCUCUUUGGGUCUCUAUUUGAUGAUUUUAAAAACAUUUGUCAUAAAACCCAAACUUGGUAAACUAUGAUCUUGGAAGUUUUGGCACUGAUUACCAACGUCUUGGUAUGAGAGGCCCCCAAAGGGUGACCUCGAGGCCUUCAUGGGGCAUUACACUUCAUGGAAAUAUCAGCUUGAACCAGAUGUAUAAGAGCAGGUCUUCAGCUUUGUGACGUGUAUGGAUUUGUUUGGUGUUGCCAUGACGACAUGGACGUAACUUAGGACUCGACUGAUGACAAACAUACAUGUACAUGUAAUAUCAAGUUGAUUUUAAAUAUAUUUUAAAAAAGAAAUAAAAAUUGGAAAAUGUUUAGAAUCUCA